AUGCUUAAUAAAUUUGAAAAACCUACCUAGAGAGUAUUUGAAAUGAUAUUAAUCAUCUUGUAUAUAUAAUUAGAUUUGCAGACUAUUACCUAACAAAAAGAAAGUAUUAUGAAUCGUUAAUUUUCUUCCUAUCUUGGAUCACAAACGACAAGAAGUAGGUUAAGAUCUAAUAGUCCUACUCAAUUGAAGAAUUUAGAGUUUGUAAUUAAAUCAGCACAGUAAAAAUUUAAGUCUUAAUAAUCAACUCCUAUUCGAGGUUAACAAAUAGUUGCACCUCUUAAACCAUAAAAUCUUGAUAUGUUUAGUACUGCAUCUGAAAUUAGGAAGCUGAGAGUGUAGAGUAUGAGAAGUCAGUCACAAAUCGAUAAUAAAAUAAUUUGGAAUUAGGUUUAAGAUCAAUUGGAGAAGAAGACUGGGGCUUGUGCUGAGUUCGAAAAGCUGAGAAAUAAUUCAAUUUACAGAAAACUGAGGGAAAUGAAGUUUAAAGAAAAUGAAGAAAAGAAGCUGCAUCUGGAGAGAAGAUUGCAAAGGGAAUUAUUGGCCAAGAACAAGAACUAGGAAUUAUAGAAUAACUAAGCAUAGAGAUAGAUUGAAACCAAACGACAACCCAAGUUUUAAUUGUCUACCAUAGUGAAUGCAUUGACUUUGAUACAAAUACAUUCAAAAACCUAUUCUAUGAAGUUGGCAAAAUUAAUAGCAAAGAAUUAUUUAAAUAUACUGGAUUACAAUAAUUAUAUGGAAUAGAAAAGAUUAAAUGAGAAUUAAUCAAGUCAGAAUACUCCAAGGACUCCCAAUUUAGAAAAAGAGUAAAUUUUAGAAAUUUAAGAUUUAGUUAAUGGAGGGAUACAUUAAAUAAUAAUUGCGAAUAAAACAAAGAAGCAUCGAGAAUAAUUAAAAGCCAGUGAAAUAUUCUCUGAAGAUGUUUUAAGAAGAGUGAGACUCUUGUAGAGUUGUUUUCAUCUCAAAGUCUUCAGCAAGAAGAGCAAAUCCCACAAAUAUCGAAGACAGUAGAUUAUUGGAGUUCCCAGUACAAGGGUUAAAGCAUAAACCAGAAGAUUGGGUGACAUCAAAUUUAUGAACCAGUAUUCUCCUAAAUCCAAUAAGCCUGGAACUAUGCUAAAUACAAAUAAUGAAUUGAAAUAAAAUAAAAAGUCUUUAAGGCUUUUUCGAAGUCUCACUAAAGGAUCGCUAACAACCUAAAAAAGUUUAUUUUUUAAUAGACAAAACACUAAUGAAUUCUUAUUAAAGGGAGUUUAGAUGCUCCAUUAUCCAAUCAUCAAAUACAUAUCCAUUUUUUACAAAAACAUGGUUGUUUGGUCAAUCUCUUACAAAGACAUUACAUUGGACAAAUCUUGUAUUGUGUUGUUUUUUAAAGGAGAGGGGAAAUACAAAUAUCGGUAUCGUUUGGAUGUGCCAAUAGGAUAGAAUCCAAUGAUAAAUUACAAUGAAAAUUGUUUGACUGUUUGGCCAACAGUCAGAGAUUAUUUGAUUAGUUAUUUGCAUAUGAAAGGGCAAUUGGCUUUGCUUGAUUAAAAGUAGUUACCAACAGCCUAAGUUUAUAAAUUGAAUUUCAUCAAAGGAUUAACUGAUAGAUCUCGAAUGAAAAUUACUAGUCUAGAUAUCCAUGGCAUCACAGAAACUAAGAAAAUACUGGAUUAUCUAUAAAAAUCUUAGAUAGUAAAAAUCAAAAAGGUAUUUGGCACUGUUUAUGAAUUGCUUCCUCAAUUUAUUGAAGUGAAUAAAUAUGGAUAAAAGAAAUAAUACAUUGUUAAUUUGCCUUUAGUCCACAACAUUGUGUUAUAGCUUAGGAUGUUUGAAGAAUAAUUGCUACUACAAAAAAGAAGUUUGGGAGAGGUAGAAGAGAAUUUGAUUGAUAGAUAUUCCUCGUUUCUAUGUGGGAAUACUGAUUAUAUUAAUUAAAUCUUGAUGUUUCGAUUUAUUCACAAUAACCCUGACUUUUUUCAAGAUUAAAUGUUAAAAGACAUACAUUUACUGCAAGAGAAAUCUAUAUACAUUUAAUCUGCAACAUUGAAGUUGAAUGAUAUACUAUAAGUGGAGAGUAACACUGAUCAUAUAUCUUAUGGCAGUUAUUGCUUAUUAAGUAUAUUUUUAACAAUCAAUUGCAGUGUUAAUCUAAAAUUAUUACUAUUGGAUGUUUCGGAUAAGUCAAUGUAUACUAAUCUGUCUGAUACUAUCAAUCUAUUUGAGUAUGUAUGCAAGAAAAGAAAUUAAUUGCAAUUGAUUUUUAAUUAAGAAUAUUUUCAAUUUUAAAUCAAAGUAACAUUUCAUGAAAGAGAUGAGGCAGGCUAUAAUAGAGAUGUAUAUUCAAAGAAUUUAUUUGCUGAUAAAAAAGACAGACAAACCAAAUAACUAGUUUUGAGUGUAAAUGAAUGGUUGAAACUAUGCAAGGCUAUUAAAAAUAGUGUUCUAGUGGAUGAUUCUGAAUAGUAUUUCGAUUUCAAUAAGUUAGUCAAAAGCAUUCUAUUAGAAUAACCAUAUCAUUCCAGAAUCGUCGAAGAAACCUUAAAGUCUGUGUUCUGCAUUAGUUUAAAGAAGGAACAAGUGAUUUUAAAAGCAUCUUACAAACACAUCUUAUCAGUUUCAUAUAAUUUCAUUGAGCAAUUGGAUCAUUACAACUUUUCAAAAAACCUUGGGUAUGUUCACAAAUAUAGUGUAUACCCAACAGAAUAUCAUGAUAUCAAAUAGAUCAUCAAAGAAUAAAAAAAGUCAACACUCACUUCAAAAGAUGCUAAGCAAUUCAAUAAAUAAUUUAAACAAAUUAACACUGCCGAUAUCAAAUUAACAAAUACUAACACCAAAAUCUCACUCAUUGUUGACUAUUAGUAUGAAUAUCACAUAUCUCAGAGUAUACCUGUAGAUUGUAAUUAGCUAUAACUGAUUAGUUACUGUUAAUUCAGAAGGAAUCAUUUCGUAUACUAGAUCGUCAAUAAUAGAGACAGUAUGAAAAUUAUAAUACAAAAGUUUUUCAAAGCUCCUAUUAUUAUUAAGAUUGAAGAUAUAGAUCUAAUAUUUAAAAUAUUGAAUUGUUAACAUCUAUCUACAUUUUUACUUUCAUAAGAAUUGCUUGGGUGCAUGCAUUAAAUCUAAAAGAAGAAUAGCUUUUUAACAAACAAUUUAUAAUUUUUUAUCCAAAAACACAAAUACCCAUUACCUAGUUACAAAUAAAUCAAAUUCAUGUUGAUUAAUGAUUCAGAUAAAUUGUUGAAUUAUUUAGAUAGAUUAAGCUUUAUGUUUUUAUUUAAACAAACCUUUAGUGGGUCUCAAAUUUUAGUGCAUGCCAAAAUCUAUUUUAUAUGUAAAGAUUCUCAUACAAGAUCUGAUGAAAAGAUCUACUUUUUUCAUUCGGAAGAUUUGUUUCUUGGAUUAGAAAUUCAAGAAUUUAAGUCUAAACUCAAAAAAUAUAUUAUUAUACUCAACAAAUUUGACUUAGAAAAGCUAUUUGACAUCAAAGGCUACUUAGACAUUUCAAUAGUUCAUUAUUGGUGUAAAACGAUAAUCAAUAACCUUUCCUUUGAUAAGUAGAACAUUUAUAGAUUGCCUUAUUUGUAGAAUCUGAACCACUACAUAAUCCCUAAACUUGAUGAUGAGGAAGAAAAUCACAGACUAAAGGCUUAGAGAAGUAUGACUAAUGAUUACAAGCACGAUGAGUAGAAUACUGUCUGUAAAUAGUUUCUAUUACCCCAAAUAAAACUAUUUCGAGUCAUAGGUCAUUACAUUAUGAAAUAUUACCUAUUGAAGAAUUCAAAGAAGGUCAAAUUAGCAACUCGAUUACCCUAACAAUUUCAUAAUGAAUUUGAUUCCUAUACCAUGGAGUAUAUCAUAAUCACCAUUCAAGCUCACAAUAUUUUUGAUAUGUUUAGAAUAAUGUAUUAUUUUCCUAAAAGCAGAAGAAGGUUAAUGACUCAUAUUUCCAUAUUGCAAUUUCAAGAAAUGGACUUCAGAGAUAAUCUGAUCUUUGAUUUGCUUGAGUAUAAUGAAUACAAGACUUACUAAGAUAUUGAAGUAUAUGUCAAAUCUCAAAAAUGUGGAAUUCAUUUCAAACACUCAAUUUAAUUGGAUAAGUAGGUUUUAACACGAAUCAAAUUUAUGAAACAAUCAGUUGAUAUCUAGAAUCCAUUUUAAUUUGCAUUCAAGAAAAAUUAAAACAAUUUCUUAAAAGUCAGCGAUGACCUGAUUACCAAAAAUAGAUACUUGUUAUCAUAGAUAAAACAAAACUAAUAGCUUUCAGACAAAGUUAUUAAGUUUAUGUAAUUUACUCGAAAGUUGAAUAAUGAUUUAUAAUUUGAAUUGUAAAAUAAAUUAAUAGAAAUAAAAAUAUGGGAACUCUUGCUAAAUCAAGUAUUUGAGUUAAAAUUCAACAAUUCCAAAUCGAUUAAUAAUUAUAUUCAUUUGAUUGACAGACUAAUUUAGACUUUUGAUUAAAAGAAACGAAAUUAGGUCAAAAUAAUUGGUAAAGAAUACUUGCUCAAGAAAUAAUCAAGUGGUGCUCUCAAAAACAAUUACACUGUUUAGUCUAAUGUGACGUAAUUAUACACUAGAUUAAUUCUAACAAACAAUAUCAAAGUCACUGAAAAAUUGAACUUCCCUGACACCGAUAUUAAUCUAAACAUAGGUUUUCUAUAAUAUCCCUUGUUAGAAUUCAUUUGCAGUCAGGAGAUUAAAUUAGAAAGAUUAGGUAAUGCAUAUCUGGAAUGUUUCAUUGAAUAAAUCAAGAAGACGCAAUAAAAUCAAUAAGUAUUUUAUCCUUAAUAAUUAAUAUCAUAUUCACAAUCUUCUGAUUUUAAUAUCUAUUUGAGAUAUUAUUGUUUAUAAAACUUAAAAUACAAGGAUAUCAGAUUAAAUAUGAGAGAGUUACUAAACUUAUUCAUUGCUGAUGGGUUUUUCAAAAGUAAAACUAAUUACAUGAAUAGUAGAUUAAGUUAAUCAGACAUUCAGAAUAUGUGUUAUUAUCUAGUCCAAAAAAUUAGAGAUUAAAAUUAUCUAAAUUUGUCUUCCCUUGUUUUGUUAAAAAAAGAGAGGAAGUUUUCAUUAGCCUCUUAAAUUCUAUUAGAAACUCAAGAUUCGUUGAUUCCUAAUUAAAAUAACUCAACAAUGCUUUUUGACGAAGGAUAUCUUUACACGUAAUCCAUAAAAGGAAAUAAAUGUUUUCAGAUUCUCUAAUUACAAAUUUUCCCUUCUACUAAAAAAAUAAUUGUUAAUUUGAGUGAUAGCAAAGCAAUAUUAUUUUAACAAAAGAUAUAUACCUUCCAAGAAGCAGAAGAAUUAGUAAUGAACUUUCUUAUUCUUUUUCAAUCCAAAAAUGUAUAAUAAGCCUUAAAGCGUCUUGCUAAAGCUCUAGAAUACAAUUUAAUUCAAAUGCAGAAAAUAUGA